AGCGGGCAGAUGGCGGAGUGUGGGCCGCAGCCCCCCGGCGGUGGGAGCGGCGCGGCGCCGAGCCGGCACGAGAAAAGCUUGGGGCUGCUCACCACCAAGUUCGUGUCGCUGCUGCAGGAGGCCAAGGACGGCGUGCUCGACCUCAAGCUGGCUGCGGAUACCUUAGCUGUGCAACAGAAGCGACGGAUCUACGAUAUCACAAAUGUCCUGGAAGGCAUCGGGUUGAUUGAAAAGAAAUCCAAGAACAGUAUCCAGUGGAAAGGGGUGGGUCCUGGCUGCAACACACGUGAAAUAGCUCACAAACUGAUUGAGCUGAAGGCAGACAUAGAGGACCUGGAGCAGUGGGAGCAGGAGCUGGAGCAGCAGCAGAUGUGGGUUCAGCAGAGCAUCAAAAAUGUUACAGAAGACAUGCAGAACAGUCAAUUAGCAUAUGUGACACAUGAAGAUAUCUGCAAGUGCUUCACAGGAGACACCCUCCUUGCGAUUCAAGCCCCAUCAGGCACACGUUUGGAGGUUCCCACCCCUGAGGGCCUAAGCGGGCAGAAGAAAUACCAGAUCCAUCUGAAGAGCACAAGUGGUCCCAUUGAUGUUCUCUUAGUAAACAAAGAUACUUGGAGCUCUCCUCCUGUUGUACUACCUGUCCCUCCCCCUGAAGACCUCAUUCAGUACCAGGCAUUUGCACCCUCAAAACCACCCAUCCCACCACUCACCCACUUCCAGGAGGCAUCUGUUCCCAGCAGCACCCAGCCCAUAACACCAACACCUACCAGCACUCAGGAGCACAGCUCUCCUGCACAGAAUCCCACAAGCACAGAAUGCAGUGUCUCAGCAGCAGAGUCCAAGAGCAGCGAUGACUUUGAUCCCAUCGGGAAUGCCUCCAUGUCAGCUGGCCAGCCGGCCAGGUUGGAUACCCAGCCGCAACAGUCCUCUGCCUUGCUGGACAGCAGCUCCAUCCUACCCAGCCCCUCCACCUCCUUUGAGCCCAUCAAGCCUGACCCCGCAGAGAUACUGGAACUUCCCAAAGAGCUGUCAGAGAUGUUUGAUCCAACGAGAGAAUGUAUGAACUCUGAGCUACUGGAAGAGCUGAUGUCAUCUGAAGUGUUUGCUCCCUUGCUCCGCCUCUCCCCUCCACCUGGAGAUCACGACUACAUCUACAAUCUGGAUGAGAGCGAAGGUGUCUGUGACCUCUUCGACGUGUCUGUCCUCAACCUCUGA